UUCGAGCCAGCACCCACCUUGAAAAGGCCCCAAUCCUGGAGGCACAGGGGUGGAAAGCCAGUCGACUGGGGGCCACGUGGGUGCCACACUAAGGGCUUGGGAUGUGGCAGACUGACGAGCCAUGGGCUCUAAUCGCCCAAUUAGCAACUCAGGCCUGCUGCUGCUCUAAGGGCAGGUCCGCCUGGUUGAGCAUUUCAGAAUGGCGCCAGCUGCUAGCUUCGCACCCGGCUUUGUCCCCCUCCAGCCAGCAUCUUCUCUCCUUCCAGUCCUUCCCACAGAGGACGUACCACGAGCAUCUCACGGUGAUCAUCCAUCUCCACGAGGUCACGGUGACCACAGGGGCCCCUGGCGCAAAGGCAGCCGGCCGGUCUGCAGAGAGAAGAGCCGCAGGGGAGGAAGGUGACGGGCUGCGCUACGUGCUGGGGAGCCAGGCGUGGGCUGCUCUCCACGUCUUCUCCAGAGGCUACUGCAACACCGGUGUUUAUCAGCUGCCGCUCUACCAGGGGGCUCCCAGCCAGUCCCUCCUGGUUGCGCUGUCCCAGGGGGAGUGUCGCAGCACGCUGGAGCACCUGGCUGCGGAGAACAAGGUUCAGUUGUUAGAAGGGGCGUCCCUGGUUGCCCGGAUAGCAGAUGGCCGCCGGGAGGAGGAACUCCGCACCUACAGGGCAGAGGAUAUAGAUCAGUCCUACCUCCCGAAGGAAAACGUGGAGUCUUACGCCAAAGAGCCUCACGGCAGUAAAGUAGCAGAACUGAUGACGUGGGACAAGGCAGAAACCCAGAGACAGGAGAGGAGGGCACGGCUCCUGAUCCUAGAUCAAAUCUAGGAAGUGCCCGGUACUGCAAGGAGCUGACAGUCAGCCACCCAGAACACAGGACCCACCGACCGACUCCACAACACCGCUGGAGAAUGCAACGGCACCGUCGUUUACUUCCUUA